CAUGUAUAGCAGUCAUCACGAGACUAUGCGGUGUUUCUUUUCAACUUCCAAGCUAAGAGUGCUAUAAGAGGUUAUGCCAGUGUUAUGUUUUGAUCGUUUUGACAUCAAAAUUUCUGAUUUUAUACGGUAGAAUUUCAUGCGAAAUUCUUUCCUUUCGUGAUCGGAUUAUUAUUUGAAUUUUGUUUAAACAAAAUGUCGCUCUAUGACGAUUUUGACAAGCAACACAGGAAUUCGGAUAAAGUGGCUGGCUGGUCGUCCGGUAUAAAAUUGUUGCAGUCACAGUUACAAUUGAAAAAAGCCGCAACAACGCAACCAAAACGGGAACAGUACAGAAAAGCUACAGCGGUACUUGCACCUGUCAUUGAUUUAAAAUCUAAGAACAAUCGUGAAGCUGAAAGAGAAAGAGAAGACGAUGCUCCUAAUGUUAAUAAUUCACUGUCCGGUGGAAGCGGCAAUAGCGUCGUUGUUGGUAGUGAAUUUGACUGGAAUGUUGUGAACGAGUAUGAUCCUAUGUGGCCCAAUGAGUACGAAAAAGUUGUUAAAGAACUUCGUGAUAUCAGAGACCGGGAGCACGAUCAAGAAACUGAGCUUAGAAAACGCAGACGGGAUAAUACACGCUUCGAAGAUUCUCAGUCUCCGGGUAGUACAUCAAUGGUGCCAAUGGACAGAGAUUUAGAGGAAAGAACGCCAACGUCUCGGGGAGCGGUCGGUGGAGCGGCUAUAGCACCACCACCGUCUCUUCAGGAGUCUACGGAGGGUCAACCCUCUCCACCUUUGGUUCGACCUCCGCCAGCUAACAGCAUGGGAUACGCGACAUCUUCGGUCGCAGCUAAGAUAAUGGCAAAGUACGGCUUCAAGGAGGGCCAGGGUCUUGGGAAAAAAGAGCAAGGUAUGUCUGUGGCUCUGCAGGUUGAAAAGACGAGCAAGCGGGGAGGAAGAAUCGUUGGAGAGCGUGAGCAACUGAUGCCACCUCCGCCUCCGCUCGCGGUUUCUCCACCGCCUUCAAUGCCUCUAUCCUCUCCUCAAUUAUUGGGUACAACGACGACAUUGACGGCACUGACAAUGACGGCAACGACGGCAGCGUCGCCGCUGUUACCACCGCUACCGCCUUCGACCCCGGCAUUGAACAUCAUUCAACAGGCUUCGGAAGAGCCCAGCAUAACGGAAAUUAUGAAAUCACCGAGCAAAGUAGUACUUCUGCGAAACAUGGUCGGCCCCGGUGAAGUUGACGACGACCUCGAACCCGAAGUCAAAGACGAGUGCAACACAAAAUACGGAGACGUGGCACGCGUUAUUAUUCACGAAGUUAUCGAUGCUCCGGCCGAAGAGGCUGUUCGAAUAUUCGUCGAAUUCAAAAGAAUAGAGAGCGCCAUCAAGGCCGUUGUUGAUUUGAAUGGACGCUUUUUCGGCGGACGACAGGUCAAAGCAGGCUUUUACUCGAGUGAAAAAUUGGACAAUUUACAAUUAAUGGACUGAGAAGUUUUUUCAAUUAUAGCUCAACAAUGUAUAAAUAUAAUUUGUUCGAACGUACAUACACACAUAAGUGAAAUAACACGCAUGUUCAUAAUUA